AGUUAAAAAGCAUGUUCUAACAACGAAUGAACGAGAAGACCCGUACUCCAAGAAGUUUUCACUCAAUUCCGCCGAGGUGAUACCAAAUACCAACAACAACAAAAACACAAAUUCCUUGCAUUUCUUACAAGGUAACCGGUAACACAAAGGCAGCACUGCUUACAAUAUCAUUUGGCGUUGAUCUCGAUCCAUUACCGUGUGUAUUCUUGGGCCGCAACACAAACUCCUACACAGGGACAAGCUCGAACCAAAGGAACAAUAAUCACAACCAAGUCAAGAUAGACAGAACCGCAUAGCCUCUCACAAGCUCACAAGCAACACUCAUCAAGAUCAAGACCGUACUGGACAAUAAGAGGUCACCCAAGGAACCUUUCUUCUUCACAGGCCAACCAAUCAACCACUUUCACAACACAGACAACCGUCAAUCCAAGAACCAACCAAGUCCACAACUACUAAUCCAACAGCAACGAUGCCGAGCAUGUUGAAACGUUUCCGCAAAACCAGCAUCGUCCGUUCCUUCACGGGCGACAGCAACACCUUUCGCCGUCUUCGCAAUCGUUCCAAGUAUUCAUCGUCAAAGUCUUCCUCCAAGAAAGGAGAUGACGGUACCACGAGCACCAUGGACUCGUCGUCGGACGAAGGCGACCACCAGACCAUUCGUUGGGAACGCACACCCUCUCAAGCUCUACGACAAAAGCGAAUGCGAGACUUGCCCAGCACGGGAGCCUUUUCCAGCAAUCUCAUUCUAGUCAAUCGUGAACGAAUUCAUCGUGGAAAGGAUCCCUUGGUUCGUUGUCGUCAUUUGGAUGCCAUUGCCAAAAAGCACGCCGACGAAAUGGCGCAGGUCUGCGAGGUACUGGAAAGCCCCAUUUCCAGUGCCACCAUGGCCGAAAAUGUACAAAGAGGUCCCUCUAUUCGAGUCAUUCAUCAAAUGAUCAUGGUGGGGGUGAGCGACACGGAACGCAACAAUAUCUUGAGCGAUCGAUUUGCACGCUUUGGAGUGGGAACUGCCACGGGAGAAGAUGGAAUGAUUUACAUGAGUCAACUAUUCCAGGAAACUGCUGCCAGGAGACGGCCGACCUUGUAGUCAAACAGCGCGCAACCAACCCAGGCAUACAAGCAGAAAAUGCCACCAGAGGGAGACAGCUCGAGGCGGUGGAAAGGGACGAACGGCCGAGGACACAACACAAUAAUGGCAAUCAUCUUGUUGGGAGUAAGAAGAGAGGCACAGAAAGCUGCGGUUCAACAUCGCAAGGGAUCGUUGCAACGCAGCCAAAUCGCAGGGCAGAUUCAGGCAUCGUUUAUUUGGACUUAUGCUUGGCUGAGCACACUGAGCACAAUUAAAUCAAUUUCAUAUAUAAAGUUAGAUAUCGAACUCUGAUG